UCGUGAACUGGUAGACUUUGCAACCAGACCCUUCGAAGUUGAUGGUGGCCCGCGCAGAGGUCGCGCCCGGCGUUGGCGCCUGUGAAAUAGUAAAAGUCCUGAUUGGGAUGUUCGGUGUCUUGGUGGAAAAAAUAACUAUUACAUACUUUUGGCUCUUUUAUUCCGGAGUAUCGGAGAGCGUCAGCAUUGACGUGGUCUCAACGUGGCACCGCCCUGGACUCCUUCAUUCCUAUCCUCUGCUCAACAACUCCCUCCUGCUACUCUUCUUCUGCCUCGCUCACAGUGUGUUGGCGAGACAGAAUGUGAAGAGAGUGAUGUCGUUUCUCGUGUCAACCUCAGUCUACCGCCAUCUCUACUUCCUCCAGAGCUCUCUCUCCAUCUUCCUCAUCUGCUACGGCUGGACUCCCCUCCCCUCUCCCACUCUCUGGGAUAUUCACUCACCUCUCUUCAGACUGGCUCUAUAUGGAGUCGGUUCACUUGGUGUGGUGAUUAAUAUGGUGGCCUUCUUGUCUCUUCCUGUGCUGGAGUUCAUUGGCAUCAGUGAACCUCUGGAGAGACUGACUGGGAGAAAGAGAGAGGGAGGGAGUCUGGUGACCAGUGGACUGUUCAGUCUCGUCCGUCAUCCAAUGUACACAAGUAUACUCCUCUGUAUAUGGAGCAAUCCUACUAUGAGUCUGGGCAGGAUGAUGGUGGGAGCUGUCCUGACAGUAUACCUGCUGGUGGCAGUUCCACUGUUAGAGGAGCGAGAUCUGGUGGAGAUGUUUGGAGACAAGUACCGUCACUACAUCACCACCACUCCCAUGCUCCUCCCCUUCAAACUGUGGACUUCUCCUUCCCUCACUGAGAAAAACAAAUCAAACUGAGCUUCGGAGAUCCAACUGCAAGAAGAGAACUCUUAUAAUAACAAAUAACACCCAAGCAAUUGAAUGAUGAAUGUAUACAGUUUUGUUGUGUUUUUUCAUGUCUCUCUGAAUGACGUAUGCAGUGAAGCUUGUUGACAUUUUAUACAGUAGCGUUUUUGGUAUGCAGCGCCUGUACAGAUUGACAUUGCCCAUAAUAGAGAGCAAAUUCCGUCUCCACCAAUACUGCCCGCUAUUUUACCAAUCUCGAACAAAGUGCUUUUUCCCAUUCCUUUGUCACGCAGCAUAGCACAUUAUCUCAAACCCUAACUAGCUAGCUAGUCAUGGCGAGACUAAUGGUGUCUGGAUAAAUCUCGCUGCUCUACGAGAAAAAGUCCACCGUGCGGUGGCAUUAGCUACUAUAUACUGGGAUGAGAAUUCAGUUG